AUGUCUGGACUAGAAAAAUCGUUAUUCCAAUUGAAAUUCACAGCUAAACAAUUAACUAGACAGGCCGGUAAAGCAGGCAAAGAAGAGACUGCUGAAAAAAAUAAAGUGAAGAAGGCCAUGAUACAAGGUAAUGAAGAUAUCGCAAAAUUAUAUGCUCAAAAUGCCAUUCGUAAAGCCAAUGAAAGAUUGAAUCUAUUGAGACUAGCAUCGCGUAUAGACGCUGUUGCCUCUAGAGUGCAGACAGCAGUGACCAUGAGACAAGUUACAGGUAAUAUGACAAAUGUUAUAAAAGGGAUGGAUAAGGCCUUACAAACUAUGAAUCUUGAACAUAUAUCUUUGGUUAUGGAGAAGUUUGAACAACAGUUUGAAGACUUGGAUGCCACCACUGAAUACUAUGAAGGAGCUACAAAUAAUGCUACUGCCUUAACCACGCCUCAGGAUGAAGUUGAUCUCUUGAUGAGUAAAGUUGCUGAUGAGGCUGGACUCGAGAUGAAGCACAACUUGCCAGAGAACGCGCAGCCACAAGAGCCAAUCAAGAACACAACCAAGGUCUCUGAGGAUAAAGAAGACAAGCUCACAGAGAGACUAAGGGCCUUGAGAUCUUAG